ACGCGCGCUGCCUUUGCUGCAUUUCAGUGAGGAAUUUUAUCGAGCUGGUGGUACCACUCUUGCCUCCUAUGGUGUUUUCCGGCCUUCCGGGGGUCAAGUGACCACCCUUUCCCCAACGCGCCUGCUCCAGCGGUUCCUUCCACUCGCACGGAGUCGUAUUGAGACCGCUCAAGCUCAGGAUGGGCAAUAUCUCCGACCUUCUGACCCUGCUUAUGAGCAAGUACUGGAUUCCUUAGCCAUGGUAGCUCGACAUAAACACAUACCUCUUUUAGAAGCGCUUCUAAGAUGGAGAGAAAGUGAAUCACCAAAAGGUGAAAAUGAGGCAUCUACAUUCCAAAGAAAGCCCAGCAUGCGGUGGAGUGCAUUUUUUGUUCAGCAUGUAUUCGCUUUUUCGAGUGCUGUCCGCAAGAAGGACUUGCAGAGAAACUUUGGUCUGGGCUUGAAAUCUCUUUACCAACAAACACAACAACCCAUUUACUCAUUUUCUACUCUUGCACAGAACCAAACAACACCCACCAAGAAUUUCAAAACAUUCUCCCACAUUUUCCAGCAAUGCUCCCAUGGCAGAGCUCCGAAUCCAGGAAAACAAGCCCACGCUCGCAUGAUAGUUUCUGGGUUUGAGCCCACUGUCUUUGUUACAAAUUGUUUGAUCCAAAUGUACGUAAAGUGUGGCGUUUUGGAAUAUGCAAGUAAGGUGUUUGAUGGAAUGCCGCAGCGGGACACGGUCUCGUGGAACACCAUGAUUUUUGGGUAUGCUGAGAGUGGAAACAUGGGGUUUGCGCAGUCUUGUUUUGAUGUUAUGCCCGAGAGAGAUGUGGUCUCUUGGAAUUCUUUGAUUUCAGGGUACUUGCAGAAUGGUGACUAUCAUAAGUCUAUUGAAGUUUAUGUGAAUAUGGGGAAUGUGGGUGUGGAAUUCGACUGUACUACGACUGCUAUGGUUCUGAAAGCAUGUUCUGUUAUGGAAGAGAUUGGUUUGGGGAUUCAAAUUCAUUGUGUUUCAGUCAAGAUGGGUUUUGAUAUUGAUAUGGUCACAGGAAGUGCUUUAGUAGAUAUGUAUGGGAAGUGUAAGGAACUGGAUUGCUCACUUCGGGUUUUCCGUGAAUUGCCUGAAAAGAAUUGGGUUUGUUGGAGCUCUGUGAUUGCAGGUUCUGUUCAGAAUGACCAGUUUGUCAAGGGUAUAGAUCUGUUUAAGGAGAUGCAGAAAGCAGGAGUCGGGGUAAGCCAAUCUAUCUAUGCUAGUGUCUUCAGGUCCUGUGCAGGAUUAUCUGCAUAUAGGUUAGGCACUCAGUUUCAUGUACAUGCUAUAAAGACAGACUUCCUAUAUGAUGUGAUAGUUGGAACUGCCACAUUGGACAUGUAUGCAAAAUGUGGCAGUAUGUCUGAUGCUAGAAAGAUAUUCAACUUGAUGCCAAAUCGUAGUUUGCAGUCAUAUAAUGCAACUAUUGUUGGCUAUGCUCGAAAUGAGCAUGGUUUUGAAGCUCUUGAGUUAUUUCUGCUUUUGCUGAAGUCUGGUCUUGGUUUUGAUGAGAUAACAUUAUCUGGUGCACUCAGUGCUUGUGCAGUGAUCAAGGGGCAUUUGGAGGGGCUUCAACUGCAAGCAUUAGUGGUUAAGAGUAGCUUGAGAUCAAAUAUAUGUGUAGCAAAUGCCAUUUUGGACAUGUAUGGUAAAUGUGGAGAUCUGUUUGGGGCCUCUCGCGUGUUUGAUGAGAUGGUAAGUAGAGAUGCUGUGUCUUGGAAUGCAAUUAUUGCAGCUCAUGGACAGAAUGAAAAUGAAAAGGAGACACUUUCAUUCUUCGUUUCCAUGCUCCGCUCAAGGAUGGAGCCGGAUGAGUUCACCUUUGGCAGUGUUCUAAAAGUGUGUGCGGCUCAACAUUCUUUAAAUUAUGGGAUGGAAAUCCAUAGCAGAAUUUUUAAAUCUGGAAUGGGCAUGAACUUGUUUAUUGGAGGUGCCCUUGUCGAUAUGUACUGCAAGUGCGGAAUGAUGGAAGAGGCAGAAAAGAUACAUGACAGAACAGAAGAACAAACCAUGGUUUCAUGGAAUGCAAUCAUAUCUGGUUUCUCACUACAUAAGCAAAAUGAGGAUGCACAGAGAUAUUUCUCUCAGAUGUUGGAAAUGGGUGCAGAACCUGAUAACUUCACAUACGCAACGGUUCUUGAUACCUGUGCUAAUUUGGCUACUGUUGGACUUGGGAGGCAGAUCCAUGCUCAGAUUAUCAAGCAUGAAUUGCAAUUAGAUGUAUACAUAACCAGCACUCUUGUCGAUAUGUACUCAAAGUGUGGCAACAUGCAAGAUUCUUAUCUAAUGUUCAAAAAGGCACCUAAGCGAGAUGCUGUUACAUGGAAUGCCAUGAUUUCUGGGUAUGCAAACUUCGGCCUUGGAGAAGAUGCCCUUAGAAUUUUUGAGAACAUGCAGCUUGAGAAUGUUAAGCCAAACCACUCCACUUUUGUUUCAAUACUCCGAGCCUGUGGACAUAUAGGACAAGUUGAAAAGGGUUUGCAUUAUUUCCGCACAAUGCGUAAUGACUAUGGUUUACACCCUCAAUUGGAGCAUUACUCAUGUAUGGUGGAUAUCAUAGGGAGGUCAGGUCAAGUUCAUGAGGCCCUGAGGCUUAUUCAAGAUAUGCCUUUCGAAGCUGACGACAUUAUAUGGAGGACGCUGCUUAGCAUUUGCAAGCUCCAUGGAAAUGUAGAAGUGGCUGAAAAAGCAGCCAGCUCUAUUUUGCAACUGGAUCCUCAAGAUUCUUCUACCUAUGUUCUACUAUCAAAUAUAUAUGCUGAAGCUGGAAUGUGGGGUGAGGUCUCGAAGAUGAGGAAAACAAUGAAGCAUAGCAAAUUGAAGAAAGAGCCUGGUUGCAGCUGGAUUGAGGUGAAAGAUGAGUUACAUGCAUUCCUGGUUGGGGACAAGGCUCAUCCAAGAUGUAACGAGGUGUAUGAGAAGCUCGAUUUGCUAGUUGCUGAGAUGAUGAGAGUUGGAUAUAGGCCGGAAAUUGAUGCCCUGCUUGAUGAGGAGAUGGAAGAACAGGAGCUUGAAGAUAAGCUCAAAAUUAGACAAGACCCAUCGUUUCAUGGCCUUGGAAUGUCUUCACCGAGUUUGAGCUUUUACUUGAGAGUCCACACAGAGGAUCAGCCACCUAAUUGUACAUGAGACUACUUGACAGUGUAACCUCACAACUCUUGACAGUUCUGAAGAAAGGAAUGCUUACUCAGGACAUCCAACAUGAUAAACUUGUCGAGUUCCGUGUGACCUUGAUUUUGCCAUGAACCAUAUGAUACUCAAAUUGCUGAAGCAAGAUAGUACUAGUGAAGCAAAGGUUAUUGGUCUCCGUUCUUUGCUUGCCAUUGUCAUGUCAACUUCAAGUAGCUGAAGUUUUCAACUGAUCUUCCUUUGAGUCUUCAUAUGCCAAAAAUAUGAACCUGAACCAAUAUUAUAAUCGAUGUCUUGAAAAAGCAUGAGGGAUGACAUCAUGCAGAGCUGCUAUUGGGAUUCUGGUGUCCAUUUAAUUUUGGACGAGAAUCUGAUGCAACCCCUCCUGACGUGACACUUCAAUCUGUAAUAUUUGAGAGCCUUGAUAAGAACAGGGCAGAGGUUAUGCAACGUUUGGCUCAUAUCACAUCUGUUGAGUUGGGUGGGAAGACUAAUGAGUCACAAGAUGCAGACAACAAAUUGGAUCAGAGGCUUAUGUGUGCAAUGUUUGUAUGUUCGUCCGCCAAAUAAUAGAGAAGCUGGUAGUAUAGUUGCAGCCCAAGAUCUUUACCAUCUAAUUUUGUCCGUCUCUAAAAUCUUGAUCUGAGGCACAUAUAGUAAGUACUGUUAGAGCAUGCAGCCGCAAUGACUCUUGGCCGCUCGCAUCUGGAAGCAUGUGAAAUCAUGUUUACUGAGCUUGCUGCAUCUUUCAUUGAUGAGGUUUCUUCUUCGGACACACAGGGAAAAGCAAAGUGGAAGGUGCUGUAUGGUUAAACUCCUCAAAUUUCUUUUGUUUGAUGCUUUGACAUUUGAAGAAGACACUGUGCAUUAUUGCAUUAUCUAUUUUCUGAAUAUGUACUGGAGAGUGCGUCGAUUUGCAGUACUUUAUAGUUGUGUUACUUGAUAUUGAACUCUA